AAGGUUGGCACCAGUUUAUUUGCCAUAAAUAGCAUUGGACCAGGCUGAGAACAUGUCUCUCCUAUGAUGGGGCUCACAUUCUGUAUCAUUUUAUUAAAAAAAAAAAAAAAACAUAUUGCAAUAAUCAGAUGGCAAACAGGGCAUAAUUUUUAUUGUUUCUAAUAAGUAACUAAUAUUAUAAAAGGGUUAAAAUCCUUUACGCCACUCAUUUAUGCGUGAGCCUCUUCAUGGGACAGACAUUAUCAGCCUUGUCCAACGCUCUUUAUGGCAAACAAAUUGGUGCCAACCUUGCCACUUUAUAUAUUUUACCUUUUCUAAAUAAGUCAUUGGUAUUUAAAAAGGAUAAAAUCCUUUGGGCCACUCAUUUAUGUGUGUAUAUAUAUAAACAAUGCGUGAACCCAUCAUAGGACAGACAUGUUAUAUCAGCCUAGCCCAGCACUCUUUAUUGCAAACAAAUUGUUGCCAACCUUGUCACUUCAUAUAUUUUACCUUUUCUGAAUAAGUCAUUGGUAUUUUUAAAGGUUUAAAAUUAUUUGGGUCACUCAUUUCUGUGUAGCUAUAUACAGGGCUUUAACACCAUUUAUAGAAUAGACGUAUUUUAAGCCUGACCCAAUGCUUUUUAAGGCAAACAAUCUGGUGCCAUCUUUGCCAAUUCAUACAUUUUACCUUUUCUGAAUAAGUAACAGGUAUUUGAAAAGGGUUAAAAUCCUUUGGGCCACUAAUUUUUGUGUGGAUACAUACACGGCGUGAAGCCCUUCAUAGGAUAAGCAUGUUUUUAGCCUGGCCCAACCAACGCUCUUUAUUGCAAACAAAUUGGUGACAACCUUGCCACUUCAUAUAUUUUACCUUUUUAUGAAUAAGUGGUAUUUUAAAAGGGUUAAAAUCCUGUGGGCCACUCAUUUUUGUGUGGAUAUAUACAGUUUCAAAAAUAUUUCAACAGCAUUCACACAAACAAAUCUCAUUAGUGCAAAUUAUGGCAGUGGUUGUUUAUAUCCAUAGCUCAUUUAACCCCUGUCCACAAUGUUGAAAACAACUUUUUGUUUAGGUUUUAGUUAAGCUCAGUAAUGUGAGGGUCCUUUCAUUGUUUCAACUGUAUAUAAGACCAUGCAUUUACAUUGUAAAGAAAUGACCACCUCUAUAAGCUUAUCUUUUACUGUUUUACUAGACCUUUAGACUUUGAAAACCAUCAAACAGAUUAUACUUAGUGCAGAUACAAUUUCUUAUGAAAUUCUUAGCUUUGCAGCUGUUUACCUGGAGGUUUCUCUGAUACAAGCGACUCUCCUACUCACCGGAUCAAACAAUGUCGGUCCCACAAUCUGCGGGAGGGAGUAGAUGUGCUCCGUGUGGCUGGUUAGCUGUGCGGCUGUUCAUCUAGAUAUGGCUCUGGCUCAGGCAACUCUCUCACUUACCGGACCAAGCGGUAUCUGUCCCACACUUCACGGGAGGAAGCAAAUGCACUUUUUGUGGCUGGUUAAUGGCAAUGUUAAUUACCUGGAUGCUUCUCCGUCACACACUAUUGCACUAAGGCGCACCAAAUUGGAAAGUCUAAUUAAAGGCACCACAACCCAAGACAGCACACAGGGUGAUAUAGGAAAUCUUUUUUCAAAAAAGGAAAAAAACUGCAUAAAAGAAUUACGACUUUGGUGGGAGAUUGAAUUCCUACAACUAUACAUUGAUGAAAACAAGGUGCCAAGAGGCUUAAGGAUGAAAAAAUAUCCAGCAAAUGAAAGGGAUGAUAAGGAAUUCAUGGAAGAUUGGAAUAAUACCCUAACCAAGUGCUCCUUAAUUCUGAUGAAUAAAUUACUAAAUAAGAAGAGGAAAGAAAUGGAAGUAUUGCUUGCAGAUUUGAGCACAUUACAAGAGGAAUUGGACACACAUAAGGAAGACACAAAAUAUGAAGCUUAUGUCAAGCAGUACAAUGAGACACUAGAAAAAUUAGAUAAAGAGAUUAUGGAAAGGAAAAUUAGUAAAUACCAUCGAGAUUGCAAGGAUUAUGAACUGAAUGUAGUUUAUAGUUGGAAUACCAAUAGCAAUGGGGCGAUUGGAAGAAAAAGAAGGAAAACUAGAAAUAAAAGAAGGAAUUCUGGAAACAGAAAAGUUACCUUUAAUGAAAGCACCUUUAAUGACACAGAAUUAAAGUUACCUUUAAUGACACAGAAUUAACAACAGAUGUCAAUGUGGAAGGCCCUCUAGUGGGCCUGUAACAACAUUAAAGGAUUACCAACUUGAAGUCUGGAGAAUGCUAAAGUGUGUUUUGUUACAAUGUUGCAGGGUUGGAGGCGGUGUUUGUGCUUACCUUUAUAGGGUCCUGCAGCAGUGUAUCCGGCCUCUUUCUGUUCCAGGCUUCGAGGAGAAAGUUUUCUUGUGAUACUGAGCCUGGAUGAUGGAGAGAUCUAGAAGGAAGUCGGUGCCUCCUAAACAAUUUCCGGAGGUGGUGGAGGUUGCAGCCAGGAAGAAGGGACCUGCAACACAGAGAGAGGAGGAUCUGUCAGAUGAUGCGGUACCCCCCACACCCCAAAACCCCCCACCAAACAGGAGAUUUAAUAAAGGAAAGGGGCCAAAAAAGGUUGGGGGUGGGGGGCCUGGCCCUGGCCAGCAGGUCCAAGUUAGUGUGGGAAAAGGAGUAGACCCAGGCCCUAGCCAGAGGUGCAGUACACCUGUCCCAGCAUUGCCGCAAGUGAUUCCUUCCCCCAGGGGUAGGCAGGAAGCCAGUGUGGACCAGGGGGGCAAGGGGGGGGUGAACAGAGGCCCAGGAGCUUUAGCAGGGCCUAGUGGGGAGCAGAGGCAGACGCCUGAAGCAAGGCCUGCUUUGGGUUGGAAGCCUGAACAUGUGGGGGGCCUGAUUGGGUGCUAGGCCUAGCACCGGAGCCGUUUCCCGCCCUCCCACCGGCUGCCAUGGCAGCAGUUCUGGCACUGACCCAAUCCUUGGCGGCGGUAGUUGUCCCAUCCGGCCAGGAGCAGGCCGGAGCUGUUGUUGUGGCUGCUGGGAGGCCUGGCGGGGAGGCCGCUAACUCCGGAUCAAUUGAAGAGUGCGCAGCGGGCCCUCCCUCCACAGAUGGCGGUUCCCGCAAGACUUCACCCUCACGUUCUUCGAGUGAGGAUCGCGGCCGCCAUCUUGGGAGGAGGGAUCAGAGUGAGGAGCAUGGACCACGCAACCGGAGCAGCCCAGGUAACUUUGGGAGGCUCCGGUUCGCAGGGGGGCUCCAAUGGCCGCAGGGAGGGUUACUCACCAAGGGUGGCGGUAGACGCACAAGCGGCGAGGGUUGCUGAGGCAUCUUGGGGUGCGGCUGUGAAUGGAGCUGGUAGGCCCGGAACUAGUGCGCAUGUGCAGAGAGAGCUGGCAGUGCAUGUGGAGUGGAGGCAUGAAAGGCAGGCUGUGGAUGAUGGAAGGCAGCAGAGGGGUUUAGAAUGGGAACAUGUGGGGAUGACACGUGCUAGGAGUGAAGGCCCAGUGUAUGGAAAUGCGCAUUGUGCUUUGCAGGGUGAUACCAUGUACAGGCAAAGUGUGGCUCAGGAGGCCAGUAUGCAUGAUAAUCAGUGGGUGUGCAUGGAAGAUAUGAUCAAAAGGGCUGUGCAAGCAGCGAUGCGUGAGGCUGGUGUGAUGGCUCCUCCUGGGUUCAGUGAGAACGCCCAGGGGGGUCCCAGUCAGGAGGCUAAUAUCAUAAGGGCAGUGGCAAGCGCACUGGGGAUGAGCACAGGGGAGGAACAAGGGGGGGUAGGCCGGGGGCAUCAGUUGGGGCCCCUCCUGUGAACCAGACUUCUCCCCAAGUUGUUUUGUCUCCUCAGGUGAGAGCGGUGACGGAGCCCGCUGCGGUGGCGAGAUCUUCUAGUGCGCUGGUGGUAGCAGGGCCCAGCAGGGAGCAGCAGAGAGAGGCUGAUCCAGUACCUCUGAUGACGGCGGACGCAGAGAGACCGGCAGGUGACACGGCCAGAGCACUGAGAGGUAUCGGGUAUUGAUGUAACUGGAGUGAAUAAGGGAACCUUCUUCCUGAGCACAGACAUUGGAGCCUGUUAUCAGCAUGAACUCAUAUGUGUUAGACAAACACAUGAAUAGUUCAUAUCCAUCCUUCACUACAGGAAGCAUCAGAAUGAUACCAGUGUUUUUAGACACUAAUGAAUAUUUGCAAACAUUUGGGAAAUCACAGCAGAUAUUUAAAGGAGAUGGUGAAUUGGCAGGAACUGGGCAGCAAUUAGUAUGUACAGAGAGUAGUUUAGUCAUCAAACAAGAGGACAAGAUUGAUGCCUUAUCUAGUGAAAUGAUUAUCCCUGAGGAUAAGCCACAAACAUUUACUGAGUUUUCAAAAAAAUUUAAAGAAGAGAAAAGUCUACACUCUAGCCAAAUGAUUCAUACAAAGGAGAGACCUUUCAAAUGUACAGAAUGUGAGAAAAGCUUUAGAUGUAAGUCCAAUCUCCUAGAACACCACAAAAUUCACACAGGAAAAAAGCCUUUCAUAUGUACAGAGUGUGGAAAAAGCUUUACAGGAAAGAGUAGUCUGAAUAAACAUGAAAGGAUUCACACAGGGGAAAAGCCUUUCACAUGUACAGAGUGUGGAAAAGGUUUUACAGGAAAGAGUUGUCUGAAUAAACAUGAAAGGGUUCACACAGGGGAAAAGCCUUUCACUUGUACAGAGUGUGGAAAAAGUUUUACACAAAUGGAUCAUCUGAAAACUCAUGAAAGGAUUCACACAGGAGAAAAUCCUUUCACAUGUACAGAGUGUGGAAAAAGUUUUACAGGAAAGAGUAGUCUGAAUAAACAUGAAAGGAUUCACACAGGGGAAAAGCCUUUCACAUGUACAGAGUGUGGAAAAAGUUUUACAGGAAAGAGUAGUCUGAAUAAACAUGAAAGGGUUCACACAGGGGAAAAGCCUUUCACUUGUACAGAGUGUGGAAAAAGUUUUACACAAAUGGAUCAUCUGAAAACUCAUGAAAGGAUUCACACAGGAGAAAAUCCUUUCACAUGUACAGAGUGUGGAAAAAGUUUUACAGGAAAGAAUAGUCUGAAUAAACAUGAAAGGAUUCACACAGGAGAAAGGCCUUUCACUUGUACAGAGUGUGGAAAAAGUUUUAAACAAAUGGAUCAUCUGAAAACUCAUGAAAGGAUUCACACAGGAGAAAGGCCUUUCACAUGUACAGAGUGUGGAAAACGUUUUACAGGAAAGAGUAAUCUGAAUAAACAUAAAAUGAUUCACAAAGGAGAAAAGCCUUUCACAUGUACAGAGUGUGGAAAAUGUUUUACACAAAAGAGUGAUCUGAAUAAACAUGAAAGGGUUCACACAGGAGAAAAGCCUUUCACUUGUACAGAGUGUGGAAAAAGUUUUACACAAAUGAAUUGUCUGGUAACUCAUGAAAGGAGUCACACAGGAGAAAAGCCUUUCACAUGUACAGAGUGUGGAAAAAGUUUUACAGAAAAGAGUCAUAUGAAAAGUCAUGAAAGGAGUCACACAGGAGAAAAGCCUUUCACAUGUACAGAGUGUGGAAAAAGUUUUACAGAAAAGAGUCAUCUGAAAAGUCAUGAAAGGAUUCACACAGGAGAAAAGCCUUUCACAUGUACAGAGUGUGGAAAAUGUUUUACACAAAAGAGUGUUCUGAAAAAGCAUGAAAAGAGACACAUAGGGGGAAAGCCUUUCACAUGUACAGAGUGUGGAAAAAGUUUUACAGAAAAGAGUAGUCUGAAAAAACAUGAAUGGAUUCACACAGGAGAAAAGACUUUAAUGUGUACAGAGUGUGGAAAAUGUUUUACAGGAAAGAGUAAUCUGAAUAAACAUAAAUUGAUUCACACAGGGGAAAAGCCUUUCACUUGUACAGAAUGUGGAAAAAAAUUUGCACGAAUGGAUUAUCUGAAAAGUCAUGAAAGGAUUCACAAAGGAAGAAACCUUUCACAUGUUUAGAAAGUGAAAAAAAGUUUUUUUUAUUGAAAUCCAGUAUCACAAAACAUCAAAUAUUUACACACAAAUAAACUUUACAAACUCUCUAAAUAGAAGCAUGAAAAGGAUGGCAUUGUAAAUAAUACUUUCUAAAUCCCAGUUAUAAAAGCCCCAGAUUGGAAGUGCUAUCCUGCUGUCCUUUGUUCCUCUAUAUAUGUGCACCUUAGUUUCUCUCAUAUCAAUGUGAUAGAAUGCAAUAACACCACACAGGAAUAUACAGAUUUGUCCUCAUACUGACCAGUUUACACAACCAUUUACCACCAAAGUACCCCCAGUGUUGUUUAUUAAUAUGCCAGUGUUAGGAGUUGUACAUUUUAGUUACAUACGGGAGAAAAAAAAAAUACAUUUACAGAAUGGAGUCUUUAUAUGAAUAGAGUGUUAGACAAUUACAUAAACAAGAACAUCAGACUCAAAUAAUUGACAUCUGGGAGAUAUAUUUAAUGUGCACAUCCUGUGGAUAAACCUUUUCUUAUAGCAAUAGAUGCUUAGCAUUGUACAUGUUAUAUACCAGAGGAAUUACUGAGGGGAAACUGAUUUUAUUUAAUGAGACACAAUAUCAGUAACAUACGUGAUCAUAAUCAGUUUAAUUUAAAUGGCUACUAUAACUAAAGGGGAACAUUAUAUAUCUGAUAAAUCCCUUUGUAUCAAGAGCACAAGUGUUAGGUAUAUUUAUACCAUUGUGUGCAUAUAUCAUGUAAUGCUCUUUUUGACUAUAUAAUGAUGUAAUGGUUUUUCCUGCAAAUAAAAAGUGAUUGUAAUCCA